AAGGGUGCGGUUUGUGCGAGGCAACACAAGGUGUGAGGCAGCGGUGUGGCGGGCAACUGAACCCAAUCGAUCGGAGCGCCUCUCGUCGCUCCACGCCUUCACUUUCCUCUGCGCCUCAGGAUGGUCGCAGAAGGAAAGUAGGAGUUCCUUCUUCCUCAGAACCAGACUCUACUUCCUCGACUCGUCUUUCCUUCCUCAGCCCCGGCACACCUGAGAACUCAAUAUGGAUGGCGAAAUGUUUAAGAAUCUUUAGAGAGACCAGGCAAUGAAGCUUGUGGCAGGAUGUUACAUGGAGAGUGCUCUCUUAGAUGCUUCAGCUAAGAAUCUUGACAAACAAAGAAUGAAACAAGAACAGUUGUUUGAUGGCUUGCCUUCCAAGGAAAGUCGCAGAUGGGACACAAAUGGACGGCCAAUUUCAAGUUCUUCCCACUAUGAGAAGCAUCAAAUGUGUGCUAUCUGCUUAAAAGGAAACAGUUGUCGAACAGUUCGUACACGAACAAAGCAGAUGGGUACUCUAAUUGGUGAAAAUAAACCUCAUGAAGCGCAAACAUUGUUUGAUUGCUUGGUAGAAGAGGGCCAUAAACCUUCUUUGGUAACAUAUACAACUCUGUUAACUGCUCUGACAGAUCAGCGAAAGUUUAAGUCCAUUCCUUCACUUAUCUCUCAGGUAGAAAACAGUGGCUUGAAACCCGACACAAUUUUCUUCAAUGCCAUUAUAAAUGCAUUUUCCGAAGCUGGAAAGAUCAAUGAGGCUAUCAAAAUCUUCUGGAAGAUGAAGGAAAGUGGAUGUAGACCAACAACCAGCACUUUCAACACUCUUAUAAAAGGAUAUGGCAUCAUAGGUAAGCCUGAAGAAUCACAAACUCUUUUGGAUAUGAUGUCUCGUGAGGAAAAUGCGAGACCUAGUCAGAAAACAUACAAUAUACUCAUCAAAGCAUGGUGCGAUAAGCAAAAUCUGACUGAAGCUUGGAAUGUAGUUCAUAAGAUGCAUGCCUCUGGCAUUCAGCCUGAUGUUGUUACCUAUAACACCAUCGCAAGAGCUUAUACCAAAAAUGGAGAAACAAAGAGAGCUGAAGAGCUAAUUUUGGAGAUGCAGAUGAGGUUGCGUCCGAAUGAACGCACUUGGGUCAUUAUUCUUGGUGGCUAUUGUAAAGAAGGAAAUAUGAAAGAUGCACUGAGGUGUGUGAAUGAAAUGAAGGCUGUUGGUAUUAGGCCAAAUAUUGUUGUUUUCAAUACUUUGAUCAAAGGAUUUUUAGAUAUCCAGGACAUGGCUGGGUCAGAUGAAGUUUUGGCAUUAAUGGAAGAACUUGGGGUCAGGCCAGAUCUUGUAACAUAUAGCCACCAAAUGAAUGCUUGGAGUGCAAUGGGACUCAUGACAAGAUGCAUGGAAGUCUUCAAUAAGAUGGUUGAAGCAGGUAUCAAACCAGAUGCUCAAGUAUAUAGUAUACUUGCUAAAGGUUAUGUUCGGGCACGGGAACCUGCUAAAGCUGAGGCCCUUCUGGUGACUAUGAAUGAACUGGGAAUCCAGGCAAAUGUUGUGACCUUCACAACAAUCAUCAGUGGUUGGUGCAGUGCAGCAAACAUGGAAAAUGCAAUGAGAGUCUAUUCGAUGAUGUCUGAGUCUGGUGUUUCCCCUAAUAUCAAGACCUUUGAAACACUUAUAUGGGGAUAUGGCGAAUUGAAACAACCAUGGAAAGCAGAAGAACUGCUACAAACAAUGAAAGAAACUGGAGUAAGGCCUAGGAAAAACUGCAUUCGCCUGGUUGCCGAAGCCUGGAGAGCUGUUGGGCUGCAGAAUGAAGCAAAUAGAGUACUGGAUUCUAUAAACGAUAGUCAUAGAAGCUCUCAACCAGAUGAUUCAUGUAUUCUUUUGGAGCGAACAGAUGAAGUUAAUCAAGGACAAGUUUAUGGUUCAGUGAACUCAAACCUGUUACGAGCAACCAAUGGUUCAGCAACCCAUGGGAUUAGAAAGGGGUUACGAUGUACUGAACCGAGUUCUGCGACCAUCCAAAUUGCCACUAAAUCAGCAUUAAUCAGCCCCUCCUUCAGAUUUGGAGUUAAGAGCCCAGUCAUGUGCUGGAAACAAUCCCUGCUACAACCCGGAAUUUAUGGCCAGGUUAUGAAUUCAUGCAGGGCUGUGUUCCUACAGUGAGGAAAGCAGAUUCAUGCUGUCAAGAGCUGGAAGUCUUCAGUUUUAGUCUUUGAGGUAUGAUGCAAAUUGAUGAAGGAAGCUAUUAUCAAGACCAUUGUUUAGGAGGAAAGCAACGAGAUUCUGUGAAUUCCGAAUCUUAGAUUCUCCAAAUUUCUUUGAUUAUUAUCAUGAUGUAAUAUCUUUCAGUACAGAAGAAACUCUUAUCUUCAUUAAUCAAAUUGUGCCUAUCGUUCUCAUCGUGUCUGGA